AUGUACGCUGGAGGUGGAGCGAACGAAGGGGACCAUCAUGGUGGUGGCAAUGCGCCAUUCUCGAGCGCUGCGACGGAAGCCAAUGAUUUGGAUGCAUUGGUCUUUGAAUUUGGUACAUCAAGAUGUAAACUUGGCUAUGCAGGCGAGGAUUUUCCGCGUGUAUUUGAGCAUCCUAUGCCCCUCGAAGACCUGCAGGAUGAUCAGGAUUUAGGCCGACGAGUCAGUCGUAGGUCGGCGCAGGUCGAGAGUGAUCCUGAAAAAAUGGCCCAAUGGCUUUUUGAUGCCAGUUGUGGACAGUUGCAGACGAGACUGAGUGAACAUCCGCUUCUAUUGGUGGAAAGACCAUUUACUUUACCCGAAGAGAUCACAGGAGAUAUAGGACAGGAUCAGGAUGAACAGGAUGUCUCAAGUGGUACCAAUAAAUCAGAGAUCAAGACAAAAGUUCAGGCCCAUAGCAGCAUGAAGAAACGGGACUUUAAAGCUCGAGAACAGAUGGUGGAAGUAAUUAUGGAAGAGCUUGGUGUUCCUGCUCUUUUUGCUGCAAAAAGUGCGGUCCUAGCUUGUUAUGCUAAUGCUAGGACCAGUGGCCUAGUAGUGGAAAUGGGCGCGACAUAUACUAGUGUCACGUCAGUACAUGAAGGUUAUGCUUUUGCAUUUCCAAAGAGUCAAGUGGCGUUAUUUGGUGGUCAUGAUUUGGACGCUUUCUUGAGACUCAAAUUGGCUCCGCAGAUUGUCAAGAAUCUAGAAGAGAAAGCACUAUUAACGUCCAUGGAUAUGGAAAUUGCCAAGAGGAAGAAACAGACAUGGUUCUAUGUCGUCGAAGCUAAAGAAAGUGGACUUUGUCGUGCAGCUGACGGACCUUUUGACGAAGCGCAGAAUGCACAGUUGCCACUGAUUAAUUAUGAGCUGCCUGAUAAAACCAUUGUCUCAAUGGGUACUGAGCGGUUUAGUGUGGCGGAGCAUUAUUUCUUGAAAGAAAUAGUGCCGACUGCUACGAAUAGCGCGACGGCCAGUAUUGAUACCAAAAGCUCCAAAGCGGAUGGUCAUGGUAUGCGACUCCCGGAGAUGAUCUGUGAGACGGGAGGACUUACGACAGAGACGGAGUUACGUAAAGAGCUUUUCCAGAACAUUGUACUGACAGGGGGCAGCUCGUGCUUUGAGAAUAUGCCAACCCGAAUUGAACGUGAAGUGGUGACGAGAUUGAGCGGCAUGCCGUUAUCCUUGACAGGAUCGGGGAACAACGGUGUAUCGAGCGGUUUCCCCAACAGUUUGCGCGUGAAGGUAGUUGCUGCGCAUCAACAGGAACGUCGUGUGGGUGCUUUCCUUGGUGGUUCGAUUCUCGCGUCGUUGGGAUCGUUUCAUGAGAUGUGGAUGUCGAAAGCAGAAUACGCAGAGCAUGGUGCCGCUCUCAUUCACAAGAAAUGUCCAUAA